AUGAGAUUCUUGGUGGUGUUAAGCAUCUUGUUCGCCGUGAGCGCAGCUGCACCAGCAGAAGUUAGAGACAAAAGGACAAUCCUAGUCUCUGAAGCGAUUGAACCUACUGUCGUGGUAUCCCCCUACUAUAAUGUGCCUGCUCUGUCUCACCAAGCCCGUGUGGACGCAAAAUUUACUCCAUUGGUUCAGGCCUAUUACACGUCACCACUUGUUGAGUCUGUGCCAGUAGUAGCUGCCCCCAGUGUCGUCCUCAACGCUAAAUCUGUGGUUGUGCCAGAAAAGACCUAUGUGGGUGGAAGCGCCGUGUCUCAACAGUCUCGUGUCGAUGUCAAGUCCUAUCCAGCGGUAGUAUCUGAACAUGUUGUGCCUACUUACGUCCACACUGUACCUGCUGUGGUGGAUGCUCGCUCCGUACAUUUGACACCAGUGUACCAAGGUGUUUCCGCUGUAUCUCAACAAUCUCGCGUGGAUGUGAAGACCUCUCCAGCUGUUGUCGCUCAACAUGUUGUUUCACCAGCUGUUGUUAGUGUGCACUCCGUACCCUCAGUCUACGCCUGGUAA